UGUCUGAGCGACUGCGUUUUUCAAGAUGCGCCAACAGUAGGGGGAGCCAUGCUGAACAUGUAAUGGUUCUGUGACUUUAAUUUACAGGUUUACGGCAACGGUCAUUGUUUGGAUUAAAGUUUGAUUGCCUGAAACAUCUGUACUCGCACAAGAGAGAUAUACCGGUCUGCCCUCACUCCAUGUGCCCAUGUGGACAUGCGGAGGUACUGGUGGCCAGGUUUUGAGAUGCAGCUUCUUGGUGAGCUGCAGAGACAACAAAACAGCGCCCAAUUCUGUGAUACCCUGUUACAAACUGAGGGUAUCUCAGUGCCAACCCACAGCUGUAUCCUCGCAGCUCUCAGCCCCUACCUGUCUCAGAAGCUGUCAGCCUCCCCAUCUCCUCCGUCCGGCCAGAAGCAUCAGCUCCAGCUUCAAGCUGUUAAGGCCCAGACCCUGCUGAAGCUGGUCGGUCUGCUAUAUUCUGGGGAGGUGGAGGUAAAAGGAAGCACAGAGCAGAAUGACGUGCUAGCUGCAGCCCGCCAGUUUGGGAUUAUAAACCUUGUAGAGGGACAGAAAGACGGGGGGAUGAAGGAAGGAGAGAGGCAGAGUCCCUGGAGUUGCAGGGAGAAUGACUUUCAUGCAGAGGAAAGCAGAGGGAGGGAUAAAAGCAGGAAGAUGAGGGACGCACAAGUUCAGACUGAGAUGGCUGGAAAGACAGACACAGAUUCUCCAGUUGAAAAGAGAAGUUGUAUAUCUACAGGAACACAGACUGUCAAAGCUGGUGAAAAGUCAGUGUACAGCUCUAUUACUCUGUCUAGCCAAGCUACACCUCCAACCCCAGAGUCUACGCCCUCUGUAGCUCAAAGCUUGGAUUUUUCUGUCACACUUGAAAAACAGUUUUGCUCCACUUCUUGCCCAGUCAUUCCCAGCAUGCCCAGUGGAGCAUCAAGCGAUGGCGACUCUAUAUUAAACCGAUCCUUCUGCAGUUUAAUAAAUCCUACGUCAACUCCAGUUUUGUGCAGUGAAAUGUUGACCUUCCCUGUUUCUCUUAAUGAUGACGCCGAGUCCCCAAGGCGUCAGGAAGACAACAACUACAAGCAGUCUUCUGAGUCUGGGGACAGCAUACAGGGCUUGGCUGAGGAAAGCACAGAACUGGAGAAUAGGAAAAGAAAUGGCAAGAUCGUUGACAACAGAGAAGAUAGAGAGCAGCCGAGCCAGGCUACCGGAGAUGAGAUGCCAGGAGAGGAAAGAGGAAAGUCAACAGAGAAGAGGUGUGUACAGGCCAGUGUAGGGUUGAAGAGCUUGGCUAUGAUGAAACAGCUGCAGCAGGUAAUGGAGUCCACACAGAUUUCUAUCAAGGUGAAGCUGAGGAGGAGGACUAAAGGAGAAAUGUGGGAGGUGGUGAGCAUGCAAGACACAGAUGAUGCGUUGAAACAGGAUGGCUCCAACCACAAAAGGCCAGGCACAGACAUUUCAAACGUCCCGCCUCCUCCCUCCACUGUCCAACCAGACUGCCAUAUUCUUCAACCUGCUCUCACCAACCCCCCCAGAUCCCAACCCCACCCUAACACCUCCUCUGACUCCCAGCCACCCUCUAGUGACUGCUUCACCCCGAACCAAAACAACGGCAUCGAAGCAGCUCCACUCCUCCAGCCUCAGGGCUCCGCAGAGGAGUCCGAUGAGCAGAUCGAGAAGCUGCUGGAGGACAUCAUGAUGGGCCUCAACAUCCUGCCCAACCUGGAGAGGGACAGCAAGAAGUCUCAUUACCUUCAACCGAGCCAUGACGGAGUACUGACUGUUCCCCAGAUCCCAGCUCCACAGAAUGAUGCAGGGCACAGUCAGAUGCACGCUGGCGUCAGUGCAGCAGGGUGUGUGUUUUACCAGGAUUUGGAGACACAAAGUUACAAGUCAUCAACAGAUACAGGUAUCCACUGUUGUUUCACAGCUCAGAACCAGUCCAGCUGCUCAAGCCUUUCAUCUGUACUACCAGAUUCAGUGCUAAUCCAGCAACAGCAGGAGAGCUCUCUGCAGAAUCACUCAUCUGUCAGAUCCAUGUGGCAGAGAGAAGGAAUGAGCCAUCAGAGCAUGCCACUGUCCAAAAGUCAAGACUGUCUACAUCCUGAGCCAGCUAUGACAAGAUCAGUUAGACCCUCAGCUUUCUUCUCCGCUGGGCAGAAACUACAUUACCCAGCGUUCCAGGAAGCGUCUUCAGAAGACAGUCAGCACAUCCUUGAGCUUUUACCCCUGAAUAAUGAGACACAGUCAAUGCAUUCUCUCUGUUUACCUUGCAUGGACGAUUUGCGGCUUCCUCGAUGUCUGUCUCCAUUAGAGCUGUGUACCUCUUCAACAGAACAACAGCCUGCCCUCAACAACCCAUUGAACCUUGGUGUUAAAAUUCAGCAACAGCCAUCUCUAUAUGGGCGACCUUGGCUCAGAGAAAAUCCUGAUUCACUACAAUUUCCUCUCAGCGCCAUCAUUCGCAGAGAAAAUAAAAGUGCAUAUUUACCACAGGAUACAAACUGCAGCUGUUGGUCAAAGCAAUGUCAGGGAAAUCUGGAGAUGAAUCCUGAAUCUUCUUCUGCAAAAGAGGUGGAAGAGAGAGAAAGGGUGUCUGCUGGUCAACAAAACGCUACGGAACUGAAAUAUGACUGUACGAAGAUGAAGGAUGGUGACACUACAGGUGCAAUAGCACCUAAAAGGAGGAGGACAAGGCGCACCAGUCAUCCACAACAUGCUGCUGCUUCUCUCUUGUCAUACAAAGAUGUGAAAGUCAGUGAUGGAACAGAGACUCAAAUCAACUUGAGUGUUUGUCAAGUCAGUUUGUCAAGCAAUAAUGUGCUGGCGAAGGAAAGAGAAAUGGCCACCAGCUCUCUGAACAUUCAGUCCAAAUUUGUAAGGAAACCAAAUCAACCAUCAUCCAUCAGGGAAAGUCUGAGAGAGAAAACCAGAGGGUGUGGGGUGAAUACUGCCCUAACUCGGAUCAGAACCAGGGCUUUCUUGAAAAAAGCUCAGGAGUCAGGUAACACAAGCCAAGAAGCUUCUUUAUUUGCAAAACCCGUGGCGCACAGAGAUAAGACAGCGAAUAAAGAAGGAGUCAGAAGCCAGAAACGUGGAAGACCGGCAAAAAUACAGCUUGAAGAGCUUACCGCUCCGAACAACAAUCCUCCUGCUGCUGUUGUUGAUAAAAAUAACAACUAUGAAGAAAGUCAGCAGAAUAUGGACAAAAAUUUACCAAAGAAAGAAUUGGAAAAGGAGGACAAAACAGAGCAAAGGUGCAAAAAAAGGAGGAUAAACAGAAGUACAGAAGUGGAGGUAAUUCCACUGAAGAAGGCCGCAAGCACUGAGAACACCGGCAAUGCUGAUGCAGACGCUGAGAUCAUCUCAGACAUAAGAAAACCUGGGACAACUAAACGGCCACAGAUGGUCACUCUGAAGGAGUUUCAAAACCUUAUUAAAAGGCAACAUUCAAAAAUGAGGAAGUCAAUAAAAAGCCAGGAAACAAAUGAAACUGUAAGAGAUGUGAAAGGAAUGGUUUGCAGAGACGACACAUGUAAAGAAUCAACUGAGGAGAUAAAGAUGGACAAAGGCAUUAUUCAACCUCAAGACAGGGGCAGGAGUGACGGAUCUCAGGUCACAGUUGAUGAAAAUCACAAUCACAUUUCAAACGAAUUAACAGACGAGAAUAACAAAUCACAGCAAGACGAGACAGAUGACUCUGCUUCUAAGGAGACCAGUUCGUUCAGUGGCAUUUCUUUGUUUUCCUUUGAUGUGUUGGAAGAAGAGGUGGCCAAGUUAGCAGCUGAGAGGGAGCAGCCAUUGAAGAAUCCUGAUGAAGCAGGGACAACCUGUGAUACAGGAGAGUCAAAUACAACACAGCAGACUGUCAAUAAUGAUGAAGGCUUGUCUCACAGUGACACUCACCUGCCUCAGGAAAUCAAACUGCUGUCAGAUGACAACUUGCAGCCCAAAACACCUCCACCAGAUGCUGGUGGGAUCAGCAGGACCUCAGGCUGCGGAGGAGAAGAAGAAGAAAAAGAAGAAGGAGGAGAAGAGGAGGAGGAAGUGGAGGUGGAUGUUCUGCUUUAUUCCCCAGUCAAAGUGCCUCAGACCAGAGAAUGUGAGGAUGAACACAACAACAUGGAGAUAACUCCAGAUGAAGAAGAGGAGGAAGAUGUGAAUGAGAUUGACGUGACUGGAGAUGAGGCAGAGUAACUUUUGUGCAAACUUUUGUUGUGUGACUAGUUCAGCACUUUGGCGUGUCAAGACUAUUGUUCUCUCUGUUCUGGUUUUAUUUAUGUUCACCGAGAUGUGAAGCUAUGUAUAAUAGAUUUGUACACGCUUCUUUUUCUGUAGCUUGUCAUCAUCAGUCUGCCUGGUAAUUAUAAGCUUUGUACAUUUAAGAACAGCAGGUUUACAGCUUUCAUUCAGUUCAAUACACAAGGUUGAAAUGGUUGUUUGAUUUUCAUUAAUAUGCUUAAGCAUUGUCUGAAAAAAAGUAUUCAUGUUGUUUACAUUUACUGUUUGUUAAUAAUUUUAUUCAUUUUACAUUCUGAGUGAAAAUUUGAAUUGUCAAACUGAUUAAGGUAAAAAAACACGAGUGGCAUUUGUCUCUCUGUAAGUAACUACUGUAGAAAAGAAACCUUAUUUUGAGCCUGUAUUUGUAAAACGCAUCGUUUUUUAUGUAAAUAACACAAUUAUGGUUUAUUAAAAAAACAGUCUUUUCCUGCAA